AUGACUGCCUCGUCACGAGACCCGGAAAAGGAUCCUUUUCCGCCGGAAACAGCUUCUGAGCAGAGAGAGGAGCAGAGCCAGUCCAGCGAUAGCGAAGAUGAAAUCACAGAAAUUGGUCGGAAUGAUGAUGACGGAUCUCGCGAGUCGCCGGAGCCGGCGCUGGAUGCGGACCCAUCAGCCGCCGCCGCCCCGGCCGCCAGGACUCGGUCCCGGGCCUCCUCCACCCGCUCCCGUGCUCUGUCAAUCGUGCCCCGAUCAAAACGGAGAGGCCUUUUCGGCCAGCUCGCCAUCAUCCCGGAGGUAGACCGUCCAUAUGACUACACAAACAAGACAAAAUGGACAAUCACGUUGAUCAUUGCCCUGGCUGCUGCCGUGUCUCCUAUGGGCUCUUCCAUCUUUUAUCCGGCCUUGGGUCAAAUGUCUGAGGAGUUUGGUGUUUCGGCAACAGUCACCAACUUGUCGGUGGCAUUCUACAUGCUUGCCAUGGCCAUCUUCCCGCUCUGGUGGUCCUCCUUUUCAGAAACACUCGGCCGCCGCACAAUCUACCUAAUCUCCUUCGCCCUCUUUGUCGUCUUCUCAGUCCUCAGCGCGAUCAGCGUCAACAUCGAGAUGCUCAUCGUGAUGCGCCUCCUCGGCGGCGGCGCGAGCGCCUCCGUCCAAGCCGUCGGCGCCGGCACCAUCGCCGACAUCUGGGAACCCCGCGAGCGCGGCCGCGGCAUGUCCAUCUUCUACCUCGGCCCCCUGUGCGGCCCGCUCCUCGCCCCCAUCAUCGGCGGCGCCCUGUCGCAGCGCUUCGGCUGGCAGUCCACCAUGUGGGCGCUCGCCAUCUACGGCGGCCUCGUGCUCAUCAUGAUCCUGUUCUGCCUGCCCGAGACCCUGGCGAAGCCCAAGCCCGCACUUCCCCCGGCUGGUGCCGCUCAGGGCGAGAAGAACGCCCUCUCCCGCACCAAGACGACCGAGUCGGUCAAGGUGCACACCAAGAAGGCGGGCGCGCUGCUGAAGAAGUUCUUCCUCGACCCGCUCUCCGUGCUGCUGUACCUGCGCUUCCCGCCGGUGAUCAUCACGGUCGCCUUCGCGGCCAUCACCUUUGGCGCGCUCUUCGUCGUCAACAUCUCGGUGCAGUCGACCUUCUCCAAGGAGCCGUACGGCUUCAGCGUGCUCAUCAUCGGCCUGUUCUACUUCCCCGCGGGCCUGGGCUACUUCAUCGCCUCGAUCCUCGGCGGUCGCUGGCUCGACCACAUCAUGGCGAGGGAGGCCAAGAAGGCGGGCCGCUACGACGCCAACGGCAAGCUCAUCAUGCUCCCCGAGGACAGGAUGCGCGAGAACGCGUGGAUCGCCGCGACGGUGUAUCCCGCUGCCCUCAUCUUCUACGGCUGGGUGGUCCAGAAGGGUCUUUUCUGGUUUGUGCCGUGUAUCGGUCUUUUCUUCUUUGGGAUCAGCUCGAUGCUGGUGUUCGGCGCCGCCACUACCAUGCUAACGGAGUUCAUGCCCAAGCGCAGCUCGGGAGGUGUGGCGGUCAACAACUUUGUGCGCAACAUCUUCUCGUGCAUCGGAGCCAUCGCCGCGCAGCCCGUUAUCAACGCAAUCGGGAACGGGUGGCUAUUUACAAUCCUGGGCAUUUUCACGUGGAUUACGGGUUAUCUGUGUGUCUGGGUGCUCAGGAAGAAAGCUCCGGAAUGGAGGAAAGAUAUGGACAGGGCGCUGAACAAGUAA